AUGGUCCAUUUCUAUAUUCGAAUACGUCACUUGCAUGAGACGCCAUUAUUCUUAAUAUUUGUCACUUUCUUUCUUUCUUUUUUUAUUUCUUUCAUCCACCUACCCAUACUUUCUUUUUCUUUCUUUCUUUUUCUUUUUUCUUUCAUCCAUCCUUUCUUUCUUUCUUUCUUUCUUUCAUCCAUCUACACAUCCUUCCUUUUUCUAUCUUUCUUUCUUUUACACAUCCUUCCUUUUUUUCUUUUUCUUUCUUUCUUUCUUUCUUUCUUUCUUUCUUUCUUUCUUUCUUUCUUUCUUUCUUUCUACCAAUCCUUCUCUUUUCUUUCUUUCUUUCUUUCUUUCUUUCUUUCUUUCUUUCUUUCUUUCUUUCUUUCUUCCAUCCAUCCAUCCAUCCAUCCAUCCAUCCAUCCAUCCAUCCAUCCAUCCAUUCUUUCUUUCUUUCUUUCUUUCUUUCUUUCUUUCUUUCUUUCUUUUACCCAUUCUUCCUUUUUUUCCUCUUCUUUCUUUCUUUUUUCGUUCUUUCUUUCUUUCUUUCUUUCUUUCUUUCUUUCUUUCUUUCUCCCUUCCCCCUUUCCUUCUCCCUCCCUCCCUUUCUUCCUCUCUUCCUUCCUAUCUUCCUUCCCUUUCUCCUUCCUUUAUUCCUUUCUUCCUCUCUUCCUUCCUUCCUUCCUUCCUUCCUUCUUCCUUCCUUCCUUCCUUCCUUUUAUCUUAUUGUCUUUUUUCUUUAAUGACUUUUCUUUUUUUACGGUGAACUUUAUCUAUCUAUCUAUCUAUCUAUCUAUCUAUCUAUCUAUCUAUCUCUUCUAUCUAUCUAUCUAUCUAUCUAUCUAUCUAUCUAUCUAUCUAUCUAUCUAUCUAUCUAUCUAUCGCAGUCUGUUCAUUAUAUAUCUAUCUGUUUCACUUACUUUACAGCCUGCUCAUAUAUAUGGAAGUAGCGUGAUAUCGAACUAUGGUGCUAUCUAUCUAUCUAUCUAUCUAUCUAUCUAUCUAUCUAUCUAUCUAUCUAUCUAUCUAUCUAUUUCAGUUUCUUUGCAGUCUGCUCAUAUCUAUCUAUCUAUCUAUCUAUCUAUCUAUCUAUCUAUCUAUCUAUCUAUCUAUCUAUCUAUACAGGCCCACCCACGGGUAUUUUUUUCUUUGCUUAUUUUCUUUUUACCCCCGGAAAAGGCCGGUGUUAUAACAGUAACCAUUUAUCUUUCUUUCUUUUUUCUUUCUUUCUUUCUUUCUUUCUUUCUUUCUUUCUUUCUUUCUUUAUUUCCUUUUUCUGUUAUCGAACAUAAAAACACCGUGAAAUCUCGUCUCGUCAACGGCGAUGAUCCAAUGCAAGAAUUUGUCGCCUUCCGCUUCGCAGAGUUUCGGCAGAUCCUUACAGAUUUCCAUUCCGCAUUCUUUUGUAAGAAUCCGUGGGAUCCACCUGGCACAGAUUUUGUUUCUUUCUCUUUUUCUUCUUCUUCUUCUGAAUGUUUCUUUUCUCUUCUCUGUGUCCUUGUUUCAUUUUUUUUUUUCAAAACUUUUCUCAUUUUUACUGAUUUCGUUUCGUUCCCGCUCUUCAUUCGUUUAUUUAUUUUUUUUUUUAUUCUUUUUCCACUUUUUAUCUUAAUCUUUGCAUUCUUCAUUGUCUUUUCUUUUUUAGUUUCUUUUUAUUUCCUGUUUAUUCUUCAUGUAAUUUUUAUGCUUUUCAUGUAUCUCAAGGAAAAUUUAUCGCAAUUUCUUCUUCUUCUUCUUCUUCUGACUUUUUAUUUUCUUCUCCUCCUCUUCUUCCUUUUUCUACUUCCCCUUCUCCUGAGCCUCCUCCUCUUCUUCUUCUUCUUCUAUUCCGCCCCCUCCUCCUUCUCUUUCUUCUUCUUCCCUUCCUCCUCUUCCUUUUUCUAUUGCUCUUCCUUAUUUUCUUCUCCUCCUCCUCCUCCUCCUUCUCCUCCUCCUCCUCUUCCUUUUCUUCUUCCCAUUUCUCCCCCUCCUCUUUCUUCUUUCCUUCUCCUCCUCCUUCUUCUUUUUCUAUUCCGCCUCAUCCUCCUCUGUCUUCUUCCCCUUUUCAUUUUCCUCCUCCUCCUCCUUCUCUCUUUCUUCUUAUCUCCUCCUUGUACGUCUCUCCUCCUCCUCUUUCUUCUUCUUCUUCUUCUUCUUUUUCUUCUAUUCCGCCCCCUCCUCUUUCUUCUUCUUUCCUUUCUCCUCUUCCUUUUUCCCCUAUCUCCUCCUCCUCCUCUUCUUAUAUUCUUCUUCUUCUUCUUCUUCUUCUUCUUCUAUUCCGCCUCCUCCUCCUCUUUCUUCUUCCCUUUCUGCUCUUCUUUUUUCCCCUUCUCCUCCUCUCUUAUCUCCUCCUCCUCCUUCUUCUUCUUCUAUCAUGGUGCCCCUGGUGUUGAGUAA